UCCAGGCCCGGGAAAUGAAGGCCCUUCAAAACCGGACCGUGCGGUCCUCAUUCCGCUGCUGCAUGGACGCUAAUUAGGGGCAGGGGCUGCUCCGCCCGCCCCCCCCCGGCCGACCCCCUCGCGCCCGAUCGGCGGAAGGGGCGAGCCCGGCAGGCGGAUCCGGUGGCAGGAGCCGCGGCGGUGCGAGGGGAAGUGACGCUGCGCGGGAGACCUGCGCAGAGCAAGAUGGCGGACAAGGAGAAAAAAAAGAAAGAGAGCAUCUUGGACCUGUCGAAAUACAUCGACAAGACCAUCCGUGUGAAGUUUCAGGGAGGCCGGGAAGCAAGCGGUGUCUUGAAAGGAUUUGACCCGUUACUGAAUUUGGUGCUGGAUGGUACCAUUGAAUAUAUGAGAGAUCCAGAUGACCAGUACAAGCUCACCGAGGACACCCGGCAGCUGGGGCUGGUAGUCUGCCGGGGGACCUCGGUGGUCCUCAUUUGCCCCCAGGAUGGGAUGGAGGCCAUCCCAAACCCCUUCAUUCAGCAGCAAGAUGGCUAGCCUCUAAUAGGGGCAGCAGUGGAAAUCUUGGGACUGAAAAGGGCAUCACCCAAGAAGAUCUCUGUUCAGUAUUUUUUACACUUGUUUUAUAUGGGAGGAAAACAUUGGAAUUUCUCGUUUUUUUACUUUGGGUUAGAUGCUGCAUAUUGCGAUGGGAAAACCUUGCAGCCAGAUGUCCAGAAUCCAUUUCAAAAAAUUCCCCCAUUGCAGAAAACUCCAGCCCAAGUUUAGAUCCAUGAAUUAAUCCAGGAAGUUUCAGUAAAGACUAACACAGGAGGAGAUCCGAGAAAUUUUUGUUCCUUUCUCCUUAGAGGCAGCUCCUCCAGGCUUCAUUUUUUUUCUGUUGACGGAAUCUACAUUCCUUUCCAGAGGGUGUGGAUUUGGGAGCACAUGCUGCUGUCUGGGUUUCUUCUUUUGUACGCUGCACAAAUUGUCAGGAAUGUUGAUGAAGCUAGUGCAGAACUUUCCAUGCCUGGCGGUGAAUUUUUCUUUAUUUUUUUCCAUUCUGGUGGAAAGGACUUGUGAGUUCAUUAAUAAUAAAAUCUAUGCUUGAACACUU